GUUUGUACAGUAAGUUUAUCUUUACAGCAUUGCAUGUAGACGUAGUCGAAAGGAAAAAAAUUUUGUAGAACGCUGCUAUGUAUAAAAUUAAUUUUUUACAGAAGUGUUUAUAUAACGAGUCAAGGAUAUUAAUAAAACUUAGCUGCAUAGAAAAAAUUGCUGUAAUUUGAAACUGAGACCGUUAUAAUUACCCGUUGAUUAAGCAUUUUAAUUGCGAAAACUAGCAACUAUGACCUUAUUCCAUGCCGGCGACACGAUCAUCAAUGGACACCAGCCAUUCGUCUACGCGGUAUGCCCAGAAUACACAGUGGAUUAUUGUAGCUACUGUUUGCAGCCGAUCCAUCCGAAUGACAACUGCGAAGAAUCCGUGCUCUCCUGUCCGCAGUGUCGAUUUUCUCGAUACUGUUCCGCCCAGUGCUGGGAAUAUGGUAGCAAAGAUCACGAAUAUAUUUGCACGCUGGUUACGUCCUUACCUGAUAACACGGAAAUUCAAACAGAUCUUCUGUUACUGGCAAAAAUUUUAAGAAAAUUAGAGUACGGGAAUUUCUACGACGCAUCUGAAAAUAUUAACAGCUGUCCAAAACCUAACAAACAACCGAGAAGUUUCUUCGAUCUGAUAUCUCACAAACAAGAAAUCCACAAAGACGUUAGUCGAAUGGCCGAGCUGGAAACCUGGUACACAACCGUUGCGGAUGUACUGGAACCAUCACUUGAGCACGUAUUGGCAUUUACAUGCACCAACCAGAACCUGUCGCUUACAAGGCCUAAACGGGAAGUAACCUUUGGUGAUCCGUUUGACCUCUUUGUGGACAUUAUGGGGAAACUGCAAUGCAAUGCUUUUAGCAUCUUAGAUGGCUUCCUUAACAAGGUUGCUGAAGGGUUGUAUUUGGAAGCCAGCGUGUUCGAUCAUGCAUGUGGAUCAGCGCGGAACGCGCAUUACUUUUUCGAUGGGACCGGAUUGUAUGUUAAGGCUUUUAAAGACAUUCAAUCAUUUUCAGAUGUACGGAUAUCUUAUGUGGAUUGCUUUGUUCCUCCGUUAAUCAGGCAGCACAAACUGCAGAAUCGAUAUUAUUUCGCAUGCCGCUGCCGUAUGUGUGCCGACCCAGAAACGGUCUCAGAAAUAUUUGCCAUCAAAUGCGGUACACCUGGAUGCGGUGGAACUGUGCCUCUGCCUGGGCUCGCCAACGCUGACCAUGACGACAACGUUUCCAGUAAAGGAGAAAUACUCAAAGAUAAACGCAGCGACCAAGAAGUUGUACUUACUGAGAAGAAUUUAGUUGCCUGCUCAAAAUGCCAAUUAUGCCCAACAUUAUCUAUGGUUUUAGAAAGUCGUGCAUUAACCGAAGACCAUCUUUUGAUGCACACCGAAAUUUGCCUAUCUUCGGAAGACGCAGAUGCUGACAAGAAACUAUUUUCAACAGAAACGGGUUCGUUUGCCGAAAACCGGCGACAUCUGGAAUGCUACGAAAUGAUGCUGGCCGACGAAAUUGACCUUUUGCACAGCACAAAUUUCUUACGGGGCCUGACGUUUGAGGCAGCUGGUCGCUGGUAUUUAGCACUGCCACACAGUAGACCAAAUACUGUGAAGGCACUGGAAUACCUUUUGGAGUCGCUGAAAGCGCAACGCAAAUUCUUCUCCAAAAACGAUCCUACGAUUGCCCUGCUGUUAAUCGAUAUUGCGGAUCUGCAAAAGCAGUGUGAUCAAACGCAAUCAGCGUCUGCGACUAUGGAAGAAGCCCGGGAUAUACUUAACACCGUGGAAAACAGAGACAGUCCAUGUCUUUCUCUGGCCAGCAAAAUAUUGCAAGAUUUACAUUAAACUUCAUUCUGAUGCUUUUCUUUUACCUGUAUACAAUGCCCUAUAAUUCGCUACCAAAGCGUGCAUUGUGUAGGAUGACGGAAUGUUACAACUUCAAAUAUAUCAGUGAGUAACAAUGGCCAUAGUUGAGCGUACAGUAGCGCAUGUUCCUCUCCCGUAAAACUUUUAAACGAUAGGAAGUCGUGUUAUGUAGUACCUUGCGUUAGACAAUGGA